UACAAUGCGUGCUAAACUGAAUAGGGCUAGACCUCAUUUGUUAUGUUUCAGACUGCACGUGUUCCACUUCUGUGCGCAAGACGUUUCCAAUUUCCAUACUUACUAUACCCAUGCUAUACCUGUAUAUAUCUGUAUAUAUAUGUACUGUAGCCUAGGGCCUCAGCCACUAGUCAGGUUUUGUGCUACGCCUACACGUAGUCCCAGAAAAAUGACAACGAAUUGAUGGACGCGAAUGAUGUUUUGCCGAGCUGAACAUGCUGAUCAAUAAACAUGGAUUGAUGUUGCUUUUAUAUGGAGUCUGAGAUUGUUUUAGUUAUGGCCAGUAAUGCCGAGACAGAUGAGCUGCCAGCUAAAUGUGCCAAGCGGAAGCACGAAGAAGAAGACAGUUUUUACUUCAGAUCCUAUGCAGGUGUUUCUAUUCAUGAAGAGAUGAUUCGGGAUGAAGUGAGGACAAACUCGUACAGACUGGCUAUCCUUCGCAGCUGUGAGCAGUUAGCGGGCAAAAUUGUGGCUGACAUUGGGGCAGGAACUGGAAUUUUGAGCUGUUUUUGUGUACAAGCUGGGGCUAAGAAGGUGUAUGCAAUUGAGGCCAGUGCGAUAGCCCACCAGGCCAGGAAUGUUGUCAAGUCCAAUGGGUUGGAGAGGCAAAUUGUGGUCAUCCAGGGCAAAGUGGAGGAGGUGGAAGUCCCCGAGAAGGUGGACGUUAUCGUUAGUGAGUGGAUGGGUCACUUCCUAUUAUAUGAAUCCAUGCUGAACUCUGUCAUCUAUGCCAGAGACAAAUGGCUGAAACAGGAUGGAAUCAUUCUACCCUCAAGAGCGUCUCUAUACAUGGCACCAAUUACUAACGAAGACAUAUAUAAGGAAAGAAUCGACUUCUGGUCCGAGGUGAAGAGAAAAUACAGGCUGAAUAUGGAUUGCAUGAUCCCAUACGCAAAGGAAUGCAUAUUUGGUUCUGUCCAGAUUGAAGACGUGAUCGGUUCAGACUUGAUUGCCGAUGAAACUGAGAUUGCUGACAGAAUCAGCAAGGUAACAGCACACGAACUGCAGUCAGUUAAGGGUUCCUUUAACUUCAAGUGUUUCGGUAUUGCAAAGUUUUGCGGAUUUGCCACCUGGUUUACUGUGGCCUUUGACAUUAAGGACAAGGAUCCGGUCAUAAUAUCCACAUCACCCUACAAACACCCAACCCACUGGAAGCAGAGUGUGCUUUACCUACCAGAGCCAGUUAGCGUAGUGCAAGACGCCGUGGUCAAGGGGCACAUAACUCUUUCGCCUGGUAGGACAAAUUCUCGAUAUCUGGACGUAGCAUUGGAGUAUGCCGCAGAGGAAAUGUCUCCGAUCAAAAGGCACUACACAAUGUCAGAUGAAUACUCGGGCUGAGUUCAGUGACACAAAGAAAUUACUCUCGUGUUCAUCAACAGUUCUCAUUUUGUCAUACAGUGUAUCAGGGAUUUGGGCCUCUACCUUUUGUAUACUCCUCCCCUGUCCUCUCAUCGGUUUCUGCUUUAGGAGGCCCCCCGGUCGUUCAAAACAGAUUGGUUCAGCUUGAAAAUGCCUUGCUGGACCGUCAAUGUGUUCCUUGUUUAAUAUCUUGAGAACAUAUCUGGUAAAUAUAAUAUGUGCGGUGUCCUUACUGGUAACUUUAAUGAUUGGGUGUUUAGAUGUUAGAGUACUAGACAUUAAAGUCAGAAAGGAAUUACA